UUCGCUCAACAGAGUCGUGUUGAAAAACAAAAAUAGUUCACAAACAAAUCUUUAUUAGAUUUUGUCUAAGCCGAGAAUUUAGAUAUGUGAGGUUGCACUAAACAGUUCAAGAAUAGAUGAUAUUGAAUGACAAAUGAGGCUGUCCGAUGGGUUGUUCGGCCUCGCUUCAUCAUCGUGUCGCUUCACGACAUCUGCCAUCGGCGAGAGUGAAGACAAUCGCUGUUCCUUUAUCAGCCGAUACGAAAAAUACGCUGAGAGAAUCGUGGAAUCUUGUGGAGCCUGUUAAAGCCGAGGCUGGAAAAUUGAUGUUUGUGAGGCUUUUUGAGACACAUCCAAACAUCCAGGACACGUUUCCGACAUUCAAAGGCGUCAGCUUAGACGAACUGAUGAACUCUCGGUCUUUGUAUCUCCAUGCCAAGCGAGUUAUGACUGCUGUUGAGAAUGCUAUCAAUGCAUUAGAUGAUGGUGAAGUCUUAACUGAGAGUCUCACAAGCCUGGGACAAAGACAUCAGGCUUGGUCUGUUACGGAAGACCACUUUGCGGUUGUUGGUGAAGCUCUACUGUGGACUUUGCAAGACAUGCUUCAGUCUAAAUGCACGAGUCAAGUUUUAGAGGCCUGGACAGAACUGUUUAAGUUCAUAACAAAAACGAUGUUAGGCGGGAUUCGCUCAAACGAAGCUGGUGACGAAAAAUAAUAUUUUUAUUAGCAUCGUACUAAUUUCCGGAUGGGCAUUUUGCACACAAUUUCAACUUAAGAGGCUGGAAAGUCAACUUUGGCUUUACACUUUUUCAUAACAACUGAACUAGUUAACAAGAGAUAUAUAGCUCAUUUCGCUUGAACAUCGGUAAGAACCAUUACAAGAUGACUUAAGGAUCCUCUAUCUCCCAUCCUUAGCCUUGGAUUCAACCAAGGGAAUAUCAAUUGAUAUUCUCUUGAUUCAAUCCUUUCCCGAGGAGUUUUAUUAUUAGAAAGGUUCCCCAUCAAAAUAGAACUUUGAUAAUCCUAUUGGUUUACGUCAAACAUCCGCUCGCAUCCCGCAUCAAUUGGGCAGCGAAAUCAGUUGCCACAAGAUCAGAGAUAACAGUUUGUAAUAUCUUGGUUGCCAUGGCUGAGUAGGUCUGUUCAGUUAUAGAUCACAGAAGACGUCAUGAUGUGGUAAAAUUAUCAGUGACUAACUCGACUGCGCCUCGUGUGCCACUUUUGGUGAAGAGAUGCAAGGCAACAUAAAAUCUAUUUGCUAAAGGGAUCACAAACUUCCACUGUAAGAAAAACAGGAUACAAAGCAGUUCUUGACCUUACUACGGAAGAUUUCCCAGAAAAGAUGAAUAGCCAAGUUAUGAAAGAAAAAGGAAACGAACGUUUGUAUUAAAUGCAAAUUUGUGAUUGGAUAACUUAAACUAUAACUUUGAAUGUGAUUAGUUGAUUUAAACUACAACUAUGAAAGUGAUUGGUUGACUUAAACUACAACUGUGAAUGUGAUUGGUUUAUCGAGCUGUCCGAUAACAAACUGUCCGAUAUUAACUUGGCAAACCUGGCAUUAAUGAAAAAUAGGGGUUUUUUAACCCAACCACAACCGAAGAAAUUGUAAUUUUUAUGAUUAACAAUGAUACUCAAGUGUCCAAAUAUUAGUCUUUUUUGAAGUGCACUAACAUCUUAAUUUGACGCUCUCCUGGAUGAUAAUGACGCCUCGUCUUCAUUUAAAAUUAGAGAAAUGUUGAAAAUUUGCCAAAACUAGCAGUCUAAAAAUCCUUCUCGUUGACUUAUUCGUUUAUUUAUCUUAUUAUUUAUUUAUUUAUCAAUUUUCUUAUUUACAGGAUUACUUGCAGCUGAAAAAAAUUGAUAAACAUAAAAAGUAUCCAAGAAUAAUAAACCAUGAAUAAAACAUGAAGCAAAGGAC